AUGAAGCUCAAGAAGGUGCCUCUGUCAGAGCAGCUUCAACACGCCAGCUUCCAAGAGCAGGCGAAGGCUCUCGGACAGAAGUACAUGGGCAUUAAGACCGAGUCGCACAUGGAGCAGGUCUUCAAGGCUCCAUACGUUGCCGAUGGAACGCACCCGGUGCCCAUCACUAACUUCCUGAAUGCGCAGUACUUCUCCGAGGUUUCUCUCGGUACACCUCCUCAGGACUUCAAAGUCAUCCUCGACACCGGAAGCUCCAACCUUUGGGUUCCCUCGUCAGAGUGCAGCUCGAUCGCUUGCUAUCUGCACACCAAGUAUGACUCGUCGGCCUCGUCAACCUACAAGAAGAACGGCUCUUCGUUCGAGAUCCGAUACGGAUCAGGCUCGCUCAGCGGGUUCGUGUCCCAGGACACUUUCCAGAUCGGCGACUUGAAGGUCAAGAACCAGGAUUUUGCUGAAGCCACUUCCGAGCCCGGCCUCGCUUUUGCCUUCGGCCGGUUCGAUGGCAUUCUCGGCUUGGGAUACGAUACCAUCAGUGUCAACAAGAUCGUCCCGCCUUUCUACAACAUGCUGGACCAGGGCCUGCUGGACGAGCCCGUCUUCGCUUUCUACCUUGGAGACGCCAACGGUGGCGCUGAUUCCGAGGCCAUCUUCGGUGGCGUGAACGAGGACCACUACACUGGCAAGCUCACCAAGCUCCCCUUGAGGCGCAAGGCCUACUGGGAGGUCGACCUUGAUGCGAUCACUUUCGGUGAUGAGACCGCCGAGAUGGACAACACUGGUGUCAUUCUUGACACCGGUACCUCGCUCAUCGCUCUACCUUCCACCAUCGCUGAGCUCCUGAACAAGGAGAUUGGCGCGAAGAAGGGAUUCAACGGACAGUACACCGUUGAAUGCGACAAGGUUGACAGUCUGCCCGACCUCACCUUUACGCUCACUGGCCACAACUUCACUAUCGGCGCUCACGACUAUGUUCUCGAGGUUCAAGGUUCUUGCAUCUCUGCGUUCAUGGGAAUGGACUUCCCUGAGCCCGUUGGUCCUCUUGCUAUUCUCGGUGACGCCUUCCUCAGGAGGUGGUACUCUGUCUACGACCUUGGCAACAGCGCUGUUGGUCUUGCUAAGGCUAAGUAA